AUGGCCUCCGCAGUCUCCGCUGCUCCCACUCCCCAGGACUCUGUCGAUAUCGUCGGUGGAACAGUCGCUCAAGCCGGUGACUUCCCCUUCAUCGUCAGCCUGCAGCUCAACGGUGCUCACUUCUGCGGUGGUUCUCUUCUGAACUCUCGCACUGUCAUCACCGCCGCUCACUGCACUGUCGGCCAGACUGCUUCCUCCCUCACCGUCCGCGCUGGAAGCUUGAACCGCAACUCUGGAGGAACCCUCGUCCGCGUUUCCUCGGUCACCGUUCACCCCAGCUUCUCCAGCUCGACCCUCAACAACGACGUUGCCAUCUGGAAGCUCGCCACCGCCAUCCCCACGAGCUCUACCAUCAGCUACGCGGUUCUUCCCGCCUCCGGCUCUGACCCCGCUGCUGGCACCACCACCACCGUUGCCGGCUGGGGAACACUGACCGAGGGCGGCUCGUCUCCCACCACCCUCCGCAAGGUUGACGUUCCCGUGAUCUCCCGCGCUACUUGCCGCCAGAACUACAGCGUUUCUGAGAUCACUGACAACAUGUUCUGCGCCGGUCUUGCUGCUGGUGGCAAGGACUCUUGCCAGGGUGACAGCGGUGGUCCCAUCAUCAACGCUUCCACUCGUGUCCUCAUUGGUCUUGUUUCUUGGGGCAACGGUUGCGCUCAGGCUGGUCAGCCGGGUGUGUACGCCCGUAUCGGUACUCUCCUCUCCUUCAUCAACGCCAACUUGAGUUAG